CUAUGUAUAUAUGUCUCUGUGUCAAAUGUUAUAACCGUACAGAAGCUAACAUUUGUAUUAUAUUCUCCUUCCCUGUAUCGAAAUAGAGGACACUUUUCUGCUCCAAUCUUGUCCAUCGAGGCUAUGCCUCAAACACUUCAGGUGAAUAUGGAAAGGAUGAAAUGGAAAUCCAGUUGCCUGCGUGGGAGGAGCGUCACAACGAGACAGCAGAGGUUAAGAGAGCUAGACUCGUGUACGAAAGUCGCAAAAGAGGCAUGCUAGAAAACUGUAUACUUCUCAGGUACAUGGACCUUGUAUGUUAAAAAAAGACCAUCUUCACUCUCCCUCAGCAUGACAAUCCAGUUACUCAUCCAUGAAAAAAUGAAAAGUAAACCGUACCUCUUUUCUAGUGCCUAGACUACGUUCUCCCUGCAGCUCCAUCCUCCAUGGCUGACAUCAUUCUGCCUCAGUGGAGGGGUUAGAAGGUCGGGGAGUGGAGGACAUGGGCAGCAAAGGGGUGUGCUCUCAUUGGCAGUCUGGCAUCAGCAUGCUUGUGUGAGACACCAAUUUUGUACCAGAUUGACAUUAGCCACCCAGAUCUCUUGUUCCAGCCUGGCUAAUGACGCUCCAAUGAUGCGGCUGGAUAUACAUUUCCAGUAGCAGAGAGGUUGAACUCUGUACGUGCAGCAUUACAUUUCGAAACACAGACUUUAGGCACCAGCACCACUUUAAAUCAGUGAAGUGUAUAUGGCGCUUGGAGUAGCCAUUUAAGUACUCAUUUGCAGAACACAGAUUUUUUUUAUAAAGUAUCUUUAACUAUUAGAAAAGGUUUGACACUUUUUCACACUUAUUUUAUUUUCCGAUAUUCUCUGAGGAAUUUGUGCCUGCAUCCUCUUUUUCCAGGUGCUUUUGUAAAAAGAGCUUGGAGUCUGUCGUGCGUAGUAGCUUUUAGCUUGUUUGCUGUUCCCAUGUUUAAUCUGGCUGCUUAGAAGCCCUGCCUGUGACAUUAACUUCACGGUGCUGGAAGCAGAUCAGAUAGCGUGCUGCUCAGUUUAUUGUAUUUGGGAGGUGAGAAAUGUGUAAAUGAGUUGAUGUUAAAGGAGCACUACACUUCCCACAUGGGUAAAAAAAUAAAUCACUGUUUAGUAGAUAUGCCCUCAAUGAAUACAUGCAUGUAGUUCUUGUGAUCUGCAGCCUUAACAAACCCUCCCCUUUUUUCAAGGAAGAGACUUUCAGUCUCUUCACAGUAAACUAACCAAUCAGAGUCUUCUCAUUGAGAAGCCUCUGAAUUGGUGCACACAGCUUAUGUGCACGUGUCUGCUCGUAUAUAUACGUGUGCGCGCACGCACAUCUGUUUUAAGCUCUAGAGCUGGUGAGUGGGGAAGCAGGCACGCUCAAGUAGAUUGACAGCCAGGGGGGUGUUCCCUAGCAAAUUGAUAUAAAUGCUGAUUUCUCAUAGAAAUCAGCUCUUUUAUAAACUUGUGUUACUCCUCACCCAUAAAGGUGGAUUGGUGAGGUGUGGAUUGGUCCUUUAAUAAAUGCUAUACUACUACAAUAUAUAUAUAUAUAUAUAUAUAUAUACACGCACACCUUGUAUGCAUAGGCUCUUCGUUUAAAAACAAGCCCCACUUUCUGUGCAUAGCUCAGUAAAGUAGAAUGUCAGAAGCUGAUAUAUUAUCCCCUCACUCUGUAUUUAUUUGUACUCACUAGACAGUGUGGCAGUUGACACACAGAGGUGCUCUUCCUUACCAGACCACCAGCAGAGAAAUCCAACCCUUAUAAAAACCCUGUGUACACAAUCUGUUUAUUGAAGCAUGUCAUGUGACUAUUUCAUGUUUGUAAUAUGCCUUGUUCAUUUGUACAUAUGAAUAUUCAAAAUGUAUUGGUAUUAUCACCUUUUUUUCUCCUAAGCUGUCCUAUUCUUUCAUUUUAUAUUUAUAGUCUGUUUGCUAAGAAAUAUCUGGCCACAAUGACAGAGAGCCAGUUGUCACAGUAUGACCGCUUGAUCAAUCAGCCUUCCAAUGAUUGGGACAUAUAUUACUGGGCCACAGGUAUGCUCGAGUAACUUACUCAUUAAACAACAAUUACUUCCAUUCACUAACAAGGAAACGUGUUUCCGUCUAUUCUUUAGCACUGUAUUAUAGUAUAGUAAUAGUAUUGCUGAUUCCACUGUGUUUUAUCAUAAGUCACAAUGAUCACAUUUAAAUGUAUUACAGGGGCUCAGGACCCACCUGAACUGUUCAAUAAUGAAGUGAUGAAAUUGCUCAAAGAAUUUGCCAAGAACAGAGGGAUGGAACAGCGUCUACGACAGCCUGACUUGGAAUAUCUGUUCAGUGAGACAAAGUGACCCAGUCCAAUAGUUAAAUGGGACAUUUAAUUUAUGGAAUCAAGAAUCCUGAAACAUAGUGGCAAUAUUUUACAGAACCAAUACAUAUACUUAAAUUGAACAUCAUAGCUUACGUACCUUGACAGAAUUGUGGAGCUCUUGUCCAGAGAUAUUAUUUUUUGUCCCUGUUUAUUAAAGAGAGAGUUUAAAAGAGGGGAAGAAUAUAAAACAAUUACUUUUGUGCAAUACACAAAGAUUUUGUCAAAAACACAUUUUAAGCAACUGAGAGGAUGGAUAUGGAUAAUGUACAUAUGGAGUGUUAUUAAUCCAGUUUAUGGUUCUUUAACAGUCUAAUUGUUUUGAGACCCACAAUAAAAAUGAAAGACUUAAAAAAAAAAAAAAAAAAAGGUCUGUGUGUAGUUCUGUGUGGCUCAAAUCAGAUUCUACACUAGAGGGGGGCAUGGCUUGGA